CGCGCUGCGCUGCGCAAAAUCCAAAAUCACAGAAUUGUAAUUAUUAAUUAUUAUUUUUGUAUGUAAUAAUGUAAUUUGUAAUCUAAUGAAAACUGGGUAUGUGCUUCUUUAUAGAAUGUGAGUUCAUUGUAAAAUUAUUACUGGACUACAUAAAAUUAAGUGUAAUAAAAUGGAAGUUAAACAAGAAAUUAGUGAGGAGAGGUGUAAAGUAGAAAUAGAGUAUAAUGACUUUGAUGACUCUCUUUUGGAUGGCUUUAAACGUGAAAUAAAGCAUGAAUCCAAUGGGCACUGUACACAUGACACAUCUGAUUAUUUAGAUUUAAAAGAAGGUCCUAUAAAAACUGAAAUAGAGCAACAUGAAAAUAAACUUAACCUGUUCCAAGAAAACCAAAAAACUGAAAAAGGUUAUCUCCAAGAUGAAAACAAAAUGAAAAUUACAGAGGAACACAUCCAAGAUUCAUCUCACAAAGCAAAUGACAUUAGUGAACACACGGAAGGAAAAACAUUAGGUACAAAUAUAAAGGUUGUAACCGGAAAAAAACCUUAUAAAUGUGAAAUUUGUUUUAAGCAAUUUAAUCGACCGUGUUUUUUGAAACAACAUUUGAGAGUGCACACUGGAGAAAAACCUUACAAGUGUGAAAUUUGUUUAAAGCAAUUUAGUCAAGCAGGUAGUUUGACAACACAUUUGAGAGUACACACUGAGGACAAACCUUACAAGUGUGAAAUUUGUUUAAAGCAGUUUGUUACUGCUAGUGUUUUGAAACAACAUUUGAGAAUACAUACGGGAGAAAACCUGUUCAAGUGUGACCUUUGUUUUAAGCAAUUUAGUAGAGCAGGUCAUUUCAAAGAGCAUUUGAGAGUGCACACUGGAGAAAAACCUUACAAGUGUGAAAUUUGUUUUAAGCAAUUUAGUCAAGCAAGUACUUUGAAAACACAUUCUAGAGUACAUACUGGGGAAAAAGGUUACAAAUGUGAAAUUUGUUUUAAGCAAUUUAGUCAAGCAGGUACUUUGAAAACACAUUUGAAAGUGCACUCUGUGGAGAAACAGUACAAGUGUAAAAUUUGUUUAAAACAGUGUAUUACUACUAGUGCUUUGAAACAACAUUUGAGAAUACAUACGGGAGAAAAACAACUCAAGUGUAAGACUUGUUUUGAGCAAUUUAGUGAAGCAAGUACUUUGAAAACACAUUAUUUGGAAGUGCACACUGGCGAAAGGUCUCAAAAGUGUGAAAUUUGUUUUAAGCAAUUUAUUCAAGCAAGUGAUUUGAAAAUACAUUUGAGAGGACACAGUGAAGAAAAACCCUACAAGUGCGAGAUAUGUUUAAAACAGUUUAUUACUUCUAGUGAUUUUAAACAACAUUCGAGAAUACAUACUGGAGAAAAUCUUUUCGAGUGUGAGAUUUGUUGUAAGCAAUUUACCAAAUCAAAUAAUUUGAAAACACAUUUGAGAGUGCACACUGGGGAAAAACCUUACAAGUGUGAGAUUUGUUUUAAUCGGUUUUCUCAUUCCCACGGUUUGAAACAACAUAUUAUGACAGUGCACAAUGGAGAAAAGCCUCAAAAGUGUAAAAUUUGUUUUAAGCAGUUUUCUCAACAAAGUAACUUGAAUAAACAUUUGAGAUCACACACUGGAGAACAGCCCUACAAGUGUGAAAUUUGUUUUAAACAGUUUAGUCUAGUAGAUUCUUUGAAAAAGCACUUGAAAAUACACACUGGAGAAAAACCUUACAAGUGUGAAACUUGUUCAUACCAGUGUAUUGCGUCUGGUACUUUGAAAAGACAUAUGAAAAUACAUAGAGUGGAUGGCCAAAUUAUUAGGGACAAUGAAACUAUUUCUUAAUUUUUUUUAUAUUUCGGUUAGGUUGACCGUUGAAUUUAGGCGAACGGCACAUCCCUAAUUUGAGGCUUAGAAAUGGAAAAAGCGACCAUGAUAGGUGAAUGGCAAAUUUUUUGUUAUUCUUUAUGUUUUCGAGGUCGCUAAAUCCGGAAUUUGAUAAAAUGACUAAUUCUAAGCAACUUUUGUUCUAGAGUUUUUUUACUAAGUCGAUACUUUUCGAGUUAUUUGUGAGUGAAUAUGUUCAUUUUUAACAAAAAAAAAAAAUCAUGUUUUUGGAUGGUUUUUCGCAAAUAACUCAAAAAGUAAUUAUUUUAUGGAAACAAAUAUUCUUAGUAAAAAUAUAGCCUAUAAAAAAGCGAAGAAACUGGUAUAUGCAUGAAUUCUGUAUUCUAAUAAGUGAGUUACGCUCAAAAUAUUGUUGGUCGCUUUUAUUUUUUGCUAAAAAAUUUAGCUAAAAACUUUAGCUGUUUUCCAGACAUUAGUACAUGCAGGCAAUCUUUCAGUAGAAAUGAAGGUAUAUUGUCAGGUCCUGAAGUAAAUUUACUUUUCAAUUUUUUUCCAGCUGCUAAAAUUUCAAGUUCACUAAUAGGUUCACAACUGAUGUCUAAAAAAGUAUUGGGAUCAAAAUUGAAACUUAAAUUUCCCGCAUGUAUCUCAGGUAGGGAAUAGACACUUUCAAAAAAUGUUCUGGAUGCUUUACUAUUGUCUGAGGAAUAUUAAAUAUUUCGUCAUUAUAAACCAUUUGUCCCGGAAUUCUAGAAAACUUUUUAUUAUUUACAAAUUUCCAAAAAAAUUUUGGUUCUUUUAGUUUGAUUUGCACAAUUUGUAAAUAAAGUGAAUAUGCUUCCUUAAUUUUUUGUUUAACUAGUACACGGGCGCCCAUAUAAAAAAUUUCAGGGGGGGGGGGGAAUUUUUAAAUCUUCAGACAUGAAGAUGUUGCACAUUAGGUUAGGUAUAUUUUGUAUACUUUGGAUAACCAUAUAUAGUUAACAGCACCCGAAAAGCUAGGGUGGGCCACGCCUCCCCUGCCCAUGUACUAGUAGUCUCACUCAACUGAACUGUACAUAAUAAUCUUUAUUUUCUGUUUUUUUUUUAAUUUUUAUGUAAUUUUGAUUUUUCCUUAAGAGGAUGCGUACGUAUUUUCGGCUGCAAUGCUGUUCAAAUGGGGAUUCAUUUUUUUCGAAUCCUGAGAAAACUAAUAAGUAUUUUUGAAAAAUUUAAACGCAGAAUGAAAGAUUACGUUAUUGACGAGGGCCGAAAGUCCCUGAGAACUUCUAUAAUGUUUAUUUUAAUAAGUUGCAGGGGUGAAAAACUAAGAGAAAAACAGUCGAAUAGAAUAUUGUCAGCAUACUGUCAGUCAGACAGUGACAAUCAGUGACAAUUUUAAAUAUUUGACAUGGCAUCGGGAAUAUUUUGAGUUGUUGAGUAAAUAAUAUUGAUAUUAUAGUGUAUUUGAUAAAUAAUUGAUUUAAGACGUGAACUUAAUAAAAAGUUAUUUAUUGUGUAUUAUUUGUGGAAGAUCCAAGCAGAGAAUACAUCAGGAUAAUAUAUUCUGUGAUCCAAGUAUUUUGUUGUUAAAGAUGUUCAAAAUUGUAAGCGUUCCAUAGUAACAAUAUAUUAUUAAAAAUCACUUAAACACUUUUCCUCUUUUCUCGAUUGAGUAUUAGUUUUUGUUGUACAUAUAAAUUAUUACAAUCACUGAAUACAUAGUUAGUGAAAUUUUAUCACAUUUAUUAACUGAAUUAAUAAUUUGCAAUUAUAAAAAUAACAGUUAUCCAAGAAUAUUCAAAAGCCAUCUCUUUAAAUUAAUGAUGACAUAAUUGACAUUCUAGUAAUGUUUACAUAUCCAUACCAUUGUGAAUUUUACUACACGUAAUUUGCCGUGUAAAGACAGAAAAAGUAGGGAUACCCGUAAAAUAUUUGCGAAUUAUGUACCGAUGCCCUUAAUAAGUUUAAUGAUCUCACUUGAUCAUAUAAAGAAUACAUAAACAAGGUAACUUGUGAGGCGGUAACGAUUAAUUUUAUUUAGGAUGCUAAUUAAGGGGUGAUUUUCGCGAUUUUUUUAGCAAAAAAUAAAAGCGGCCAACAAUAUUUUGAGCGUAACUGACUUACUUUUAAUGUUUUUUAAAAUGUUUUUUUAAAAAACAAAAAUAAACCUUUUUUUAAACAGUUUAAAAAAGUUGUAGUGAGUUUUCCCCGAAAAGUGCUCCGUUUUUUGGUUAUUUCAUGUUGUAAUAUUCGAUUUGAAAUUUGACGAAGAAACUAUUUCUCAUUAGCUACAACUCUGCUUCUACUGGGUUAACAGACUUCAUGCAUACAUCAUUUGUUUCACUUUUUUAUAAGCUAUAUUUUUGCUAAGAAUAUUUUUUUUUGAUAAAAUACUUACUUUUUGAGUUAUUUGCGAAAAACCGUCCAAAAGCAUGUUUUUUUUUUGUUAAAAAUGUGAAAAAAUUCACUCGCAAAUAUCUCGAAAAGUAUUGACUUAAUGAAAAAACUCUAUAAAGCAAAAGUUGCUUAGAAUUUAGUCAUUUUAUCCAAUUCCGGACUUAUUUUGGAUGUAUAUUUUUCACCCCCCGAGAAGGGGGUAUCCUCUCCAUUUUUGUAAAAUGGAGGAACUGUAAAAUUGUAAACUUUUUCUUAUAUAAUAAUAGACCAUUUCAACUACCUAUUUCAACCCCCUCCGUGGCUCAGUGGUAAGAGCGCCUGCCUUUGGAUCGAAAAAAUCCGAAAGGUUGUGGGUUCGAAUCUCACCAGGGUCAGAAAUUUUUCAUUUAUUAUAAAUUAAUAAAGUUUCUGUCCUUGUGGGAUCGGUACUCACCGGAGGGACCGCAGACGUUCGGAUACAAUUAGCGUCUCUUCGCAAAGACAAUGACGUCGACUUUGCAAAGUAACAAGACACUUACUCAACAUACACACUACACAUGACACUUAUGCCCGAUUUCACCAAUGAUACCUAAAUAUUUAAGAAUUACCUAAGUGGGUUUAGGUACUUCCUAACUCUAAAACGGAUUUCACCAUACGAUAAGAAUUGCCUAAACCGCUUAAGCAUUACCUUACGUUAGGAUACGGAUUUCGAUCUCCCUAAACUUUAGGUAUUACUUAUCGUUGACAGUCAGGUUAUAUUUUUACAAUUUUGACUAAUGUACUUGUGACGUUUGUCAAUAAUUUGCUUCUUACUUUAAUUUUUCUGUUAUUCUGUAAUAUUAAGUAUAUUAGUUGUAAUUUUGUAUUUUGUUUUAUAUUAUUAAUAUACAUGUGUUGGAAAAUAUAGAAAAUCCUUUGGAGUUUUUUACAGGUCUAUUGACAAAAUUAUGUAGUCUACCUACUACCUAACAAACUAUUGUUGUGUUUCAAAAACCCAUUCAUGAUAUAACUAACAGCCGGUUUACGAAACGUUAUUCAAAUCUCCGAUCAUCUAAUCGGCUGUCAGAUUUGAUCAACUGUUAACCAGUGAUGGGUUUCUCAAACGCCAAUUAUUGUAAAAUUACACGAUCAUAGAUCAUGUAAUCGAUGAUCUGACAUACAAUUUGUUAUCGAUACUGUCACAAUUGACUGUUAUUCUUCAAAAUUUCAAUUAUAUUAACCUCUAAAUCCAAACUUGUAUCUUUGUAUCUCUAAAGGUGCAUUCUCUCUUACGUACUGUCACUUUUGUUUGGAGCAAGAAUUGAAUGAUAGUAUUUUAAAAAUGAGGCUAGAUAAUUUCAAAAAGAAUAAAACGCAUUAAAUUUAUGUGAUGAGAUUUGGAGAUAUAAAACAGUUUAUUUAUGAUCUAUAAUAUUUUAUACUCAUAUUUUUAUUUUUGGUCUAUAUAAUUACUUUUUGUAUUUAUUUUUAAUUUAUUUACCGGCUGUUUUAUUGUCUUCAAAGUUAGCUGCUAUAAUUUCACACACGUUUUCCCUCUUAUUUACAUCGCUAUUAUCAUUAUGUUCUGCUUUUCAGAGCUCUGGCCUCUCAAAAAAUAGCUCUAUGAGUCUAGCAUCGUUGUUAUCUUACAUUUUUAAACGAAAAAAAUAUAAAUUAUAUAAUCAAAUAUACAAAAAUGUCCGAGAUAUCCAUGUUCUGCAAGUUAAAUAAAUUUUUUAAAUUAUUUCUUCCAUAAAAUAACUUAUGUUUAUUGAAUAAUAUUAUUUAUCUCAUUUAUAUAUGUGUUAUUUGACAAUUUUUUCCCGGUAUUUGUUAAUUACAGUAAUUAAAAAACUAAAAAAACUCUUAACAGCCCGUUAAUCGACGGAUAAUCUCAUAUUAGGUAACAGUACAUUUUUACCGCCGUUUGACAAGCGAAACUGGUUAAUCGACCUUUCAGAGACUCAAAACACUUAUGAUCGGCUGUUAACAAGCGAUUAAUCUUUUGUCAGGUGAUCUACUGUUGUUAAAACUAGUUUGUGUGACGUUUCUGACGCAUUUAAUCCAUUGUUAAUCGUCGAUUACAUAAUUUUUGAGAUGAUCAUCCUUUCGGAAACCGGGCGUAAGUGUGUCAUUAAAAAAUUAAUAAUAAAAAGCAAUUUUCAACAUAUUAUUUAUUUUAAAAUUAUUUCAAUUUUUCGUCAUAUGUGAAAUUUACAACUCUUUUCUUUUCCUCAAUUUCACUGUACAUAUACAAAUAACAUACAAGACUAUAUUUAUUAUAAAUAUACAAACUUAAUGCACAAAUAACUAACUACUAAAUAAAAUAACUAUAAUAGUACAAAACUGAAUAAAACUAAAUUGGCAAACAAACAAUAAUGACAAAUAAUCGAAAAAGUAAGGAAAUGUCAUGUUAUUCUUCUUUUUAUUUAUCAAAAAUAGUUCAAACGUACCCUAGGUAAUACCUAGGAAAGCAUUUCCUGGAUAAGCAGUUCUUUUAGUUGUGAAAUGCGAUUGUUUCUAAGUAUUGACUUAAGAAGUUCCUAUCGAUAAGAAUUACUUAAUAAGGCUACUGUUUAGUUAUCUUUGGUGAAAUCGGGCAUAAUACUCAUGUUGUGACUGGCUGGAUGACAUAAAGUCCAUGCCAUUAAAAAAAAUCCUAUUUCCAAAUUUUUAUCCUUCCUUUAUUUUUUUGGAGAUUUUCGUAAAGUUUUGUGUUCUUUGAUCGGGCUAAUAAUUUUAAGUGAUGCAUAACUUUUGAAACUAUGUGUAGUUGCUUUGUAUUUUAGGUUAUUCCCAAGAUGAAAACAAAAUGGAAAUUCUGGAGAAACUUAUCCAAGGUUCAUCUCACAAAGGAAAUGACACUAUUGGACACACUGAAGGAAAAACAUUAAGUACUAAUAUGAAAGUUGUAACUGGGAAAAAACCUUAUAAAUGUGAAAUUUGUUUUAAGCAGUUCUCUCAGAAACGUUCUUUGAAAAUACAUAUGAGAGUGCA